UUCAUGACUAGACCACCAUUGAUGAUUUAUCCAAUCAGGGCACAACAUAAGCCCUGGCUCCCAUACUAGUUUCACCAAGGAACCAUGCAGACACUCCAUUUUUCCAACAAAACAUACAGCAAGAAAUUGCACAUACCUUCCGUUGGCCUAGCUCUCGUUCUGCUGAUCUCCUUGGCUUCUCCUACCAGUUCCUGCACGGAGCAGGAGAAGGGCUCCCUCCUCCAGUUCCUCGCCGGGCUCUCAAAGGAUGGUGACCUCGCUGCAUCCUGGCAGGAUGGCACAGAUUGCUGCGACUGGGAAGGGAUCGCCUGCAGGCAAGAUAAGACAGUCACCGAUGUCUUGCUGGCUUCAAAGGGACUUGAGGGGCACAUCUCAGAGUCCCUUGGGAACCUCACCAGGCUCCAGCACCUUAACCUCUCCCACAACUCCUUGUCCGGUGGUCUGCCGCUGGAAUUGGUGUCUUCCAGCAGCAUCCUUGUCAUUGACGUCAGCUUUAACCAGCUCAAUGGAACACUCCUUGAGCUGCCAUCUUCAACCCCUGCCCGGCCUCUGCAGGUACUAAAUGUCUCAAGCAAUUUAUUUGCAGGACAGUUUCCAUCAACCACAUGGAAAGCAAUGGAGAAUCUUAUCACACUCAAUGCCAGCAAUAACAGCUUUUCUGGACCGAUACCAACUGAAUUCUGCAACAGCUCGCAAUUCUUCACUGUGCUUGACCUUUGUCUCAACAAAUUCAAUGGCAGCAUUCCCCCAGGGCUUGGUGAUUGCUCCAUGCUGAGAGUGCUCAAGGCCGGCUAUAACAACCUCAGUGGAAAACUCCCGGAUGAACUCUUUAAUGCUACUUCAUUGGAAUACCUGUCUUUUCCUAACAAUCAUUUACAUGGAGUGCUUGAUGACACACACAUAAUCGACCUCAGAAAUCUUGUAACCCUUGAUCUUGGAGGGAACAACUUCAGUGGCAAGCUUCCAGAUUAUAUAGGUCAGCUCAAGAAAUUGGAGGAGUUCCAUUUGGACCGCAACAUGAUGUCAGGGGAGCUGCCAUCUUCUCUGAGCAACUGCACAAAUCUCAUAACAAUUGACCUCAAGAACAACCAGUUCACUGGAGAACUCACCAAGGUCAAUUUCUCCAACCUGACCAAUUUAAAAACUUUAGAUCUUUGGUCAAACAACUUCAUCGGUACAGUUCCAGAAAGCAUGUACUCAUGCAGCAAUCUGACUGCACUGCGUCUAUCUAACAACAGCUUACAUGGGCAGCUCUCAUCGAGAAUAGGCAAUCUGAAGUAUCUGUCCUUCUUGUCACUUGGUAAAAACAAUUUCACAAACAUCACAAAUGCACUUCAGAUCCUUAAGAGCAGUAAGAAACUUACCACCCUACUUAUUGGGCACAACUUCCAGGGAGAAAUCCUGCCACAGGAUGAAACUAUUGGUGGUUUUGAGAAUCUUCAGGUUUUGGACAUUGAAGGUUGCAACUUUACCGGGAAAAUACCCCUAUGGAUAUCAAGGGUCACAAAUUUGGAGAUGUUACUUUUAAAUAGCAACCAGCUCACUGGAUCAAUACCAGAAUGGAUCAAUUCCUUAAGCAAUCUCUUCUUUGUGGAUGUGUCAGACAACAGUCUUACAGGAGAAAUCCCGUUAACCCUGAUGGAGAUGCCAAUGUUAAAAUCAACUGAGAAUGCAAUUAAUUUGGACCCAAGGGUCUUUGAGUUGCCUGUUUAUAAUGGUCCAUCACUUCAAUACCGUGUGCUUACAUCUUUCCCAACAGUGUUGAAUCUAAGCAAGAACAACUUCACGGGUUUGAUUCCCCCGGAGAUUGGUCAGUUGAAAGUGCUUGCUGUACUUGAUUUCAGCUUCAACAAGUUAUCUGGACAGAUCCCAAGAUCGAUUUGCAACCUAACAAACUUGCAGGUGCUAGAUUUGUCCAGCAACAAUCUGACAGGUAGUAUCCCAGCUGCAUUGAACAGUCUGCACUUCCUUUCAGCAUUCAACAUUUCAAACAAUGACCUAGAAGGGCCAAUUCCAUCUGGAGGACAAUUUCAUACAUUUGAGAACUCUAGUUUCGAUGGGAAUCCAAAGCUGUGUGGUUCUAUGCUCACUCACAAAUGUGGUUCAACCUCAAUACCUACAUCCUCCACAAAACGAGAUAAGGUUGUUUUUGCAAUUGCAUUUAGCGUGUUGUUUGGAGGCAUCACUAUUCUUUUGUUGCUGGGGUGUCUCAUUGUCUCAGUCAGGAUGAAGGGUUUUACAGCAAAAAAUAGAAGAGAGAAUAAUGGAGAUGUUGAGGCAACUUCAUCCUACUCCAGUUCAGAGCAAAUAUUAGUGGUGACGUGGUUGCCACAAGGCAAGGGAGAAGAAAACAAGCUAAACUUCACCGACAUUUUGAGAGCAACGGACAACUUUGAUAAGGAGAACAUCAUUGGAUCUGGAGGUUAUGGAUUAGUCUACAAGGCAGAUCUACCUGAUGGAUCCAAACUGGCAAUCAAAAAGCUCCAUGGUGAAAUGUGUCUGAUGGAAAGGGAGUUCAGUGCAGAGGUUGAUGCACUCUCCAUGGCACGACAUGAAAAUCUUGUACCACUGUGGGGUUACUGCAUCCAGGGAAACUCAAGGUUCCUCAUAUAUUCCUACAUGGAGAAUGGCAGCCUGGAUGAUUGGCUUCAUAACAGGGAUGACGAUGCUACCUCAUUUCUUGACUGGCCAAUAAGGCUCAAGAUCGCACAAGGAGCAAGCAUGGGCCUUUCUUAUAUCCAUGAUGUUUGCAAGCCUCAUAUUGUCCACCGUGACAUCAAAUCCAGUAACAUCCUGCUGGACAAAGAAUUUAAAGCUUAUGUUGCAGAUUUUGGACUAGCCAGAUUGAUCCUUCCUAACAAAACUCACGUCACAACUGAGCUGGUUGGCACUAUGGGUUACAUUCCUCCUGAGUAUGGGCAAGCAUGGGUUUCAACGUUGAGAGGUGAUAUGUACAGUUUCGGAGUAGUCCUGCUUGAGCUGCUCACAGGAAGGCGACCUGUUCCAGUCCUGUCUACAUCAAAAGAACUUGUCCCAUGGGUUCUACAGAUGAGGUCUGAGGGAAAGCAGAUUGAGGUCCUGGAUCCAAAACUUCAAGGAACAGGGUACGAAGAGCAAAUGCUAAAGGUUCUUGAAGCCGCCUGCAAGUGCGUUGACAAUGAUCAAUUCAGGAGGCCAACUAUCAUGGAAGUAGUCUCCUGCCUGGCCAAUAUAGAGGGUGAUUUGCAGACACAAAAAUUGGCCAAGACAGGCUGAAUUGCACAUCAUAGUACUCUUGUAUUUUCGGUGCACGUAGUAGAUGUAGUUUUCACAGCUUCUUAGAAGUAGUAUUUCUGACUAGCCUUACAUUUCAAUUUGUACAGCGCACCUAACAGAUAGUCAUUCUGAACUUGACAUACUUAGUUAGGAAACCUUUUUUCUAAAUUCAUCUUCUUUUCGGAUGUAUCUCAAAGUAUUGUGUAUGGUCAAGCUUCGCAAGCAUGGGACAAAGAAUAAACAAGUGAAAUGAUUGCUUUGUUUUCUCAGUAAAA